AGUGCAAGCAAAGAAAAAGAAUGGGAAACAGUACAUCUGUUAAAACAGACUUAUCGAAUACUGCUACUGCUAACCACAUAAAGGAUGCUAUAUCAGACAACUGUGUAGUGAUCUUUUCAAAAACAACAUGUUCUUACUGCAACAUGGCAAAGAAGUUAUUCCAUGAUGCGAAUGUAAAUUACACAGCCAUAGAACUGGAUAGAUACGAAAAUGGCAGUCAGUUUCAGGAUGUUCUUCAUCAAAUGACUGGUGGCAGGACAGUUCCCAGAAUAUUUAUCAAUGGAACCUUUGUUGGAGGUGCUACAGACACUCAGAGACUUCACCAGGAGGGCAGGCUGCUUCCACUAGUUUCCCAAUGUCAGAUCCAAAGAGAUGGACGCUUAAGACAGACAUGUAGUCUUCCUUAACAUUAAUUCAAAAGUGUGUCAUUGCUGGGCUCAUAAAUACUCUGCAUUUACUUACCAUUCCUAAUCUCAUUUGGUAUCGUGUGUUUCCUUAAUAAAUACAAAACAGCUUUAGAUGGGUUAUAAAGGUCUAGUGUUCUCUAGUCAUUUCAUUUAUUGACAAACCUUGUAAGAGCUUCUUCGUGUUUCCAGUGUGCCCAGUGGAUCCCAAAAGUUUGUCAUACCUUAAAUGAACGUUGCAGUUGGAGGUAAAAUGCAGUGGUUAUUCCUCUAUAUUACCAGUUUCUACACCAAAAUAUUUAGUUGCUAGUAAAUAUAAUCACCAAUAUUGGUGGAAAAUCAAUCCAGUCAAAACAUUUUUCUUCUAAAUUUUAAUGGGUAACAUGUUUUGGUCUUCCACAGAACUAAAGCUGCAUGAAAAUAUUUCAAUACAAUUUGUUUUUUAAAAAAAUCUCUUUUUGUGUUUGGAUAUGAGAAUAUCAUUUUAAUUCUGCUGUAAAAUUGCCAAGAAGCCACUCCUGAUUUUAGCUCAAUUGUACUUCAUAUUCUUGGAAUCUAAAACAUCUCACUUUCAGUUCAGCAUCCCAGAAAAGAUCCCCUUCUAAAAUCAUGAAAGAUAAGAGAAUUGAGAGCAUAAUAGGUCAGAUUGCUCCAGAGGAUCUAUUUCACACUGCAACAAAGUUCUAAGAUGCAGAACUGCAGUUCCUGCUACCCAUAUUCAGGUCUCUCUAGACCAGUGGUUCUCAACAUGUGGGUCCCCAGAUGUUUUGGCCUUGAACUCCCAGAAAUCCUAAUCAUGCAGCUUUAGUUCUGUGGAAGACCAAAACAUGUUACCCAUUAAAAUUUAGAAGAAAAUGUAAAUUGGCUGGGAUUUGUAGGCCAAAACACCUCGGGACCCACAGGUUGAGAACCACUGCUCUAGAUGCUAACCAGGACUCAGAUAUAUGUUGGAAACAUUACUUUAUUGCCAAUAACAGUUUAUUGUUUCUACUUUUGGUUCCUAAUUUGAGGGAUGGGGAGCAUCCUUUUCCAAUAAGAAAUGGUCACAUGGAGAAGGAAUAAGUGUCUCCCUUCUGCAGGUUAAUUAUCUGCCCUGACACUUCCCCAUCCCCAAGAUGCUGAGAUACAUAAAGACCAUAUUAACAGGUUUUUUUCUCCUUAGUGUUUAAUUUUAAGCAUAAAGAAUAGCAAACUGAACUUCAAAUCCCUAUACAAUGCCACAAGUACUUCUGAAACUAUUUGGAGUUAACUUUGCCAUUCCAGAAGUCAAAUGACAAUGUUAACUUCUGAUUCUCUGUGUCCUGGCCAACAAGAUCUUCUCUGUUCAGCACAUCCAAUAGAACAGGUGUCUACCAGGUAAAGCCUACAAGACCAAGUUAUCAAUUCUGACAAAAUGUUCUGCAGAAACUAAUCUGGCAAAAAUUCCUUCUUGUAGCAGAAAAACUGGUCAGGGAAUUGAAAAACUUGUGAUCCUUUCAGAAGCGAGAAUCAAACCUAUCAACUCAUUACUCCUGUACAGAUUUGAGAUAUGUGAGGCAAUACAGGUAUUAACAGCAUCUCUGUAAGACUGUCAAAUACAUUAAGGUCAUAAUUCCUCAUCACUCCAUGUGGUUAAGGAACAUUAUUGUUAUUAUUACUGUUUAUUUAUACCUUUUCUCUCCACAAAGAGACUAUGUGGAAAAGAACCUCUGCAAAUAGCAUAACAUAUCUGUUAUCUGAGUGUUCUGGAAGCAUAGGAUAAUUGUGCAUGUGUUGAAUAUCAAUGCUGCUACAAGUAUUAUGUUUGGACCUUAGUCAUUAUUGCAGUGGUACUUUGCUUAAGCUAACUGAAACCUAUUUUAAAAAAUGGAAAUUCUACAAUGUUCUUUGUGAACUACUGGAUGUUUUCUAUGCAUGCUUAUACUUAUAUUAAAACCAGAACUAUUUAUCCAA